AUGAUAACAUUUUUGCUUUCGAUUUUGGUAGUGUCGGCUGUGGCCGCGCGAGAUCCACGUUGUGUGCAAUAUAAGCUAAAUUCAGAAGCGAUGACUUUACCACAUAAAACUGAUUGUAGAAAGUUCCACAUUUGCGACAUACAAGGAAAUGCACUAGAAAUGAAGUGUCCACCGAAUACUUACUUCAGCGCUAACGAUGGGGUUUGCUCCUUCGAUAGUUCUGCAUGCAAUGAUGCAGUGAUCAUGCCUGAUGUCAAACCACAACCCGAAAAAGAAAUUACAAAUCAAGUCAACAGUGAACAAAGUCCUCUCGAGAUAGCCUGCAAAAAUUUGCCAUCAGGCACAACCUUGCCAUUGAAGGGAAAUUGUAUUUCGUACAUAGUAUGUCUACAAGCAAGACCGAUCGUCGUGUCUUGCCCUGAAGGUCUAGCUUAUGAUAGUCGAAAUAGAAAAUGUGAAUUUAAGGAAGCAGCUGACUGCUAUGUGAACAGUGAACUCAAUAAUCAAAUGAGACCAUACGCAAACAAUAAUUUGCCUUCAGCGUCUGAAACGUUAACUGACAACGCCCCGCCAAGAGCAGAAAAUCAACCAUUCAAACCAGAGACCCUUAAGCCCAGUGUUCCGAGCGAUGCAGAUGUUCCUCAAAAGCCAAUCGUACCCAUACCGCAUGUACCGAUGGUACCUCUACCCAUGCCACAGGUACCGAUGGUACCUCUACCCAUGCCGCAGGCACCGGUGGUACCUCUACCGGACCCCAUCGAGCCAGUUAUUAUUGAUACUCCCAAUUACGGUGACAACAGUUAUGAGUUCAUGCCGUAUCAACAGCAAAUUACCCACAGCGAUCCACGUUGCCUGAACCGAAUUGAUGACAAUAAUCCUAUCCUGCUUUCUCAUCCAACUGACUGCGAAAAGUACCUCGUAUGCGUUGGCAAUGUUGCCGUAGAGAAACAAUGCCCCGUUGGCCAUCAGUGGAGCACCGAACACAGCUGGUGCGAUUUUCCGAACCGAGCUAAAUGCAAACUGCAAUAA